AUGUUUGCCUAUGGAUACGCAGCAUAUUUCCCAAACGUCGCCGCAACUACGCCUCAAACCGACUUCUCAAGUCAGGUGAUACUCUACACAUUCACGGCGUUACUGGCCAUCUUGGGAUACGGACUUCUAAUUGCCUAUUCAGACAACUCUGCAGUGGCAGGAUUGAUGACCACUCUCAUCGUUGUGGCGAUUAGCGUACAGUCUGCUCCACUUUUGCUUCAAUUUUGGAAUAACGUUUUCAAUGGAUUCGGCCCCAACGCAGAGUUGAGUUUGAACACUGAAAGGAUAACCAUGGUGCUAUGUACUUCUUUACUGACUGCACUAACAAGUCUCGUCGGUAGGUUAGGAAAGAUUGAAACUCUAAUUGUUGUACUGAUCUACAACAUCGGCUGGACACUAUCAUACAAAGUCACUCAGUACCUCCAGCUUAAGAACGCACCCUCAGUUCCAGUGCUCUAUGAUGAUUAUGGAACCAACUACGUUUAUGUUUUUGCUGGAUUUUUCGCGCUCGUUACAUCAAUUAUCCUCAACUGUAGACCCGGAAAGCCAUCAUCAACAGGCUCAAGACACUCUGCUUUCAUUGGCUUAAUCGGAACUGGCUUCAUUUUUGCUUGCUUCCCUUUUACUGGUAUUCUUUAUCCAACAGUUAACGCUUUUAGGAAUCAAGAAGGACCUCUCAACAUCUACUUUGCCCUAACUGCCAGUGUCAUCUGCACUUAUAUCAGCAGCGCAAUCUUCGGACAGCAAAAAGUUGGAGUUAGAGAAUCUUUGGUUGGAGUUCUUAGCGGUGGAGUUACCAUCGGUGUUGUUGCAGGAACUAUCAAUAACAUUGGUGCUUCUAUUGCUAUUGGAGCUUCUCAGGACUGUUAA